CCAAUCCAGAUGAAAUUCUAUGGUUCUUCUUCUAAUCUCUCUACACACUUCAGAUUUCAUUCACCCACCACCGUCGAUUCCUCCACCUUAAAACCGUUCGCCGCUGUACUCAGCCACUCCUCCGUCGCCGUGGCCUUAGUGUGCGACCGUCGCUGCCGUACUCAGCCACUUCUCCGCCGCCGAGGCUGUUUUUGAAGACAAAAAGCUUGCUUUGUAAACAUACAAUUUGCUCUUCGUGAAGUGGGAAGAAUCGGCAAAUCUAACAUGUGCAACUAGUAGCGGGGAAAAUUGAAUCGAAUGAAUGGGCUCCCAUAAGUUAAUUUGGAGAUUUAAUAGUAGUAUUCCGAUUGUUAAUAUACAAAACUCAUUUUCACCACCGCAGGCAACCAAUUAUUCUACUAUUCCCAAGAAAAUGUCUCUCUCUCUCAGCAAAAGGUCGCCCGUACUUCUUUUCGACGUAAUGGACACAAUUGUCCGCGACCCUUUUUACCAUGAUGUCACUUCCUUCUUCGGGAUGUCGAUGAAAGAGCUAUUAGAGUGCAAGCAUCCUACUGCAUGGAUUCAGUUCGAGAAGGGUCUCAUUAACGAGAAGGAGUUGGGUCGCAUAUUUUUUAAGGAUGAAAGAAUAAUUGAUUUAGAAGGUCUCAAAAGCUGCAUGAGACGAGGAUAUUCCUACAUUGAAGGAGUCGAAGGAUUACUUGUUGAUCUCAAGAAAAAUGGAUACGAAAUGCAUACUGCGACUAAUUAUCCCAUUUGGUAUGAAAUAAUUGAGGAGAAGCUAAAACUCUCGAAUUACAUGUCUUGGACUUUUUGUUCGUGCGUAAUGGGAAAGAGGAAGCCGGAUCUUGAUUUUUACCGGGAUAUUUUGAAGCAAUUAGAUGUCGAGCCGUCGUGUUGUGUUUUUAUUGAUGACAGGAUGGGGAAUGUCGAGGCUGCCGUUGAUGCUGGUUUCGUCGGUAUUCAAUUCAAAGAUGUGGAUUUAUUGCGGAAGGAUCUCGCUCGUGUAGGCGUAGUCAUUGAGACGAGCUAAUGAUUUGAAAUCCGAUUUUAUUGAUUAAUGAAGAAUAAUUCUUGUCAAAAUGUUUCAAAUUCUUGUGCCAAGUAAAUAUAUUACCAUCACUUGAGGAAUGAUGGAGUAUUUUUUAUGAAUCGGUACCAAAAAUAAAUAAAUAAAUAAUAUAUUGUAGUUUUAUUUUA